UUGGUGGGUGGGUGGUCUUCCUCUUCGCCUCACUAUAUAAUUGAGCAACAACCCACGUUUAAAAGAAAAAAACAACAAAAUUAGAUAAGGGAGAGAUGGGUUGGAUGAGCAGAUUCCUAGCUGCAGUGACGUUCUUGGCCGUCGGGGUGAUAUUCUCCCCUGAAACCUUCGGAUCAACAUCCCCCCAGGAUGGCCAGCAGCACCAUCAUCCAAAGCUUCUUUCCUUCCUCAAACUCGCCCUCCUCUGCUUCUCCACUGCCUGGGCUGCCCUCUGGGUCACCUUCAUCGGCGGCAUCAUUAUGUUCAAGAAUCUGCCCAGGCAUCAAUUCGGGAAUCUGCAGAGCAAGAUGUUCCCUGCCUACUUCUCCAUGGUCGGGGUGUGUUGUGCGGUCUGCGUGGCGUCCUUUGCCUACCUGCAUCCCUGGAAGACUGCCUCCAUGGCUCAUAAAUACCAACUCGGCUUUCUCCUAGCUGCUUUCGCUUUCAACCUCACCAAUCUUCUUGUCUUUACUCCCAUGACCAUCGAGAUGAUGAAACAAAGGCACAAGAUAGAAAGAGAAGCACAAAUUGGGGAAGAAGUCGGGUGGACGAAGAAUCAGGAAGUUGCGAAGGUAAAUCCAAAGCUUGCUGCCAUGAAUAAGAAGUUCGGCAUGAUUCAUGGACUGUCUUCUCUUGCUAAUAUAAUGUCUUUUGGGAGUCUUGCCAUGCAUUCCUGGUAUCUGUCUGGUAAGAUCAAUUUUUAGGACACAGAUUAGGAGAAGGUUUCUGGCCAUUCUUCUACAUUACAUUCGAAUGUGGACUUGUGUAAAGCUGGCUAUAAUUGACAAUUGACACCAAAUCUGUUGGUUCGGUGCCGAGUUAUGUACGCUACUGAACAAUAGUAAGAAUAACGAAUCCGCUAUGUCAUGUUUGUAUUACUGGGCAUCAUUCUGAGGAAAUACAAGGGCGGUAUGUGAUAAAAAUGAUUUUUUUUUU